AUGGCGACUCUGAUCAACGUCAAGACACUCAUCAAGCUCUUCUUCACGGCCUUCCUCUUCUUCUCCCUCCUCCUCAUCAUCUCCGCCGUCGUCGCCCUCCCUCCCAGGUCCCCGCCGCCACGCCCGCAGCCGCCGCUCCGAUUUCACCCCCCGCGAGAGCGAGAUCACCAGGCGCGUGAUCAUACUCGCGAUCCGGCGGCGGAGGCGCAGUACCAGGUGUUCCACAUCAAGAACGCGACGCCCUUCUUCUUGGACGGCGAGCCGGGGACACGUGGAGGACGCCGUGGGAUUGGGAGCGGUUACAACCACCGCCACCACCACCACAAGCGCAACCAACGGGCCAAGACGGGCAAGAUGAAGAAGACGAGGAUGAAGAUGACGUCGACGUCCGGCAAGAAUGACGACGACGACGACGUCAGCAGGAGGGGAUCGGCGAGGCAGUUCUCCGUGAUGCUGCCCAAGGGCUUCGUACCUCCCUCGGGGUCGUCUCCUUGCCACAAUGCCAAACCCGACGAAUCCACCAAGGGCGCCGCCGCCGCCACCGCCACUUCCUACUCUUGCCGUCUCUCCGCCGCUGAACCCUAG